CACGGGUUUCUUUGGCACCCCACCGGUGUUUAUGAGCCAAGGAUUUAGAAAGCAGCACUCUCCUCGGACACUCCUAACUUUCCUUGUCUCUCGCUCACGCGCUCAUCUUUUUUCGCUGUGUCUGUAACGCAUACUCAAACGACUGCUUGAAUCUGCCUGUGUCAUAGGGCCUUGCUUAAUGAGAUUAGCAUGUGCAGCACAGCUUGUAGCCUUGCAUGUUGUUGUAGUGGUCGUAGGCACUCUCGUUGGGUAGUGAGAGAACUAACCAGGACCUCCUUUCUGCCCUGCAGCUACCCUCUUUACGCUCUCUCCCCUCCCCGGUUUGAAUGCUACCUGACUUCAUCCUCUUUCUCGCUCCCUCUCCCUUACUCUGUCCAAAAGCUUUGUCAAAACUGCUUUGUUGCGGCAUCACCUCUUGUGCAGCUGCAUCUUUCCCUUCCUAAAUUCAAGCUCUCUGACAACUUUUUGCCAAAAUGUACCGGAACCCGUGGAUUUCUAAUGACCUGAGCCAUGCCAAGUUCUGCAGGGAAGGAUUCACAAGUGACAGGCUUGGCAAUACCAGAUCGCUACAGAAGCGAGCUCUCAGCUUUCAAAAAGAAUUCUCCAUCGAUGACAAAGGUGACCCAGCCAAAGUUACGAAGGAUAUAGAUGUUAGUCUCCUGACUAAUCUCAGCAAAGUGUCCGAGUUGAGGAAAAGAUUCGAAGGCGUUACCACAAGCAAAAGUGACUGUGAAAUGAACAGAAAAGAGCGUAUCGCUCGACGACUGGAAGGCAUUGAGGGUGAGGUGCAUCCAUCUCUUCUCCCCAAUUUAGUAGCCAAUCGACUUCUAGAAGAAGAUACGCCGCGAUAUACCAGAGCUUCUGACCCCUGCGAACCCUGUGGUGUUCCAGUGCCAAGGUAUGGAACAGAAGGAAUUGAAAAUCCAGAUAUGCAGCCCAUGGUUCCUGAGCGACAGUCCAGAACUCAAUGCAGAUUUGAUCCUAAAGCCAUCAAUCACACUGAUCACGUCCACACUUCAUCAUCCACUGCCAGAGCUGCUCCAGAGCUGGAGUCCAAAGCUGAACGAAUUGCCCGCUACAAGGCAGAGCGCCGUCGGCAGCUCGCUGAGCGUUAUGGCAUCUCUUUGGACCUAGAGCCAGACAUGGAUAAUCCAUCUCGGUAUACUCGCCCUCUGAAAGAAUCUGAAUGCUCCGAAACGCGUAAAAAAGCGGAUCUUGAUCAAGAGCAAAGCGCUAUCACCAUGAAUUCCUGCGCUUCCACCAGUAGCCCUAAGAGAGGGCAAACUGCACCACAACAUGGCUAUCCGGAGAGCAGCUAUGAAACCAGUCGAAGCAGAGUCGACUCAUUUUCAGAGAGGGAGAGACUUAUGAACCUGGAGAAUCAACGCAGGGCAGGUGCUGCAGAGCCAUCCACUUACAUGGAUGUCACAUCAUUGUCCUCCAGCGCCAGGGUGCCUGCUAAGGACAGCGCAGUCACAGGCGUGCCACUAAGCUCACCCAAGAUGAGCAAACGUCCUUCUCUCACCUCGCCUAAACAUGGAGUGUCGCCCGGUGACCUCUUUAUCGAGCAACAGGCCCAUAACAUACUCAACAGACAAGGUACAAGGGCAAAACUGUGCCCUGAUUGGUUCCUCGAGACUGAUGCUGAUGGCGACACCCACUCCUUAAUCAACUGGCCCUCGAGAAUUAGAGUUAGGGAAAGGCUUGCAAAGGAGGAUGGUCGUCAGAAGAGCCCGGAGCGGGGACGUAUCGCAGAAGCUCCAACAUACCGCCGACAAUAUCAGCACCAGACAUCUGCGCGUUACAGCACAGACCCAUCGAUCCCUCAGCACAACCACUCCCAUCAUCCCCAAGCUCAGUUCUCUCAAUCUGGGUCCGGACCAGACACUGUUGGUUACCCCAGUUAUCUGUCCAUGACCACCGGUGCUCCAGAUGAAGAAAGUGAGGAGACAGGUGGCAUUAGAACCGAAGGCCUCCUGCGUAGUAGGAAAGCAGUACUACCCUCAGAGGUCCGCCGCAGGGAGAGAAGCACCGAGGACCCGUGUCGCGGAAGAGGAGAAGAAGAGAUCAGAACCUCCAAAGUGUAUACUGAGGGUGAAGAUCCUGCGAGAAGAGGUCACAGAGGCCGAGCAAGAUGGGCAACAGCUGAGCCUUUCAACCAGAAACAAGAAACAAGCGGCAGGUUCAGAGAGCGUGAAAAUGCAAUUUACGUCUACAAAGGCAUGUCUGCAUCUCACAUCCAACCAAAAGCGACACAGGCACACCCAGGAGGAGGCGCCGUCCCAGAUUCGAAUGGUCGAGAGCGAAGUGAUAGGAGCUCGCAGCAUCCACAGGAGCUUAAAACAAGUCACCAGGACAGCCGUGUGUCUGUGGCCCAGCUCCGAAAUUCUUACCUGGAUAGCUCCACCUCGUCUCCGAACAGACGCAGAACUGAACUUGAUGGCCAAGCAGGCUCCCAAGCCCCAUGCAGGGGGCAGAGGGACAGGGGGCGUAGACCCCUUCAGUAUAUCUAUCCAGGGGAGUGUAGAAAGACAUCAGGGCGGUUUAGGACGCAGCCCAUCACCUCUUCUGAGCGCCAGGAGACAGAUAGGACCUGUGUGGGUGCUGAGCUGGCUUCCAAUGAAGCGGAUGAAGAGAAGCUUGACGAACGAGCUAAACUGAGCGUAGCUGCCAAGCGGUCGCUUUUCAGGGAACUGGAGAAAAACAUUGGAAGUGGUAAACCCCGAUCAAGGAAUGCUGCAGUGGACCGGAGGCUGAGGCGAACACAGGACCGGUCUAGAACUCAACCGGUCACCACUGAGGAAGUUGUCAUCGCCGCCACUCUGCAGGCAUCAUCAUAUCACAGCACUACCACCCGGGAGCAGGCGCCAAAGGCUGAGCGAGCAUCACUUGCACAAGAGACUCAGAACUGCCAGCAGGUCGCUCCAAUGGAGGAACAAUCGCAGGCCCAGGAGGAGCCUGAUCUCUGCACACUCAGCCUAGCAGAGAAGAUGGCGCUAUUUAACAGGUUGGCUCAACCCCCCACCAGGGUUACUCGAACCAGGGGCGACACCCGACAGCGAAGGAACAACGCUCGCUAUCAGACGCAACCCAUCACUCUGGGGGAUAUGGAGCAGCUUCAAAACGGCACAGGCGCUCGGUUCGAACACCUCCCUUCUUCCUUAUCCUCUGCGCUAAGAGACGACGGCACUGUAUCCACUGACCACGCAGGAGACAUUCAUUUAACUAGGGUGCCAGCUCCGGUUGAAGCUGCACCUCUCAGCGCUGACGGGCUCCACCUCGACUCUCAAGCCAAGAGGCCCCACGACCCUUUGGACCACCGUGAUCCGCCUUAUCGAGCGUCGCGACAUGCGGCGGAAGGAACAGACCAGGCAGGGGGGAAGAGGAGGCUGCCCUCUCCAGAUGGAGCAGUCAGGCAGGCGACUCUGCCUCAGCCAAACACUGGAAGAGAGCGAAAGGAGGAAGAGGAGGAGCAGUGGCCAUCCAAAGAGAGGCUUGAUGAAAACAUGCAAAACUUAAACUGUCACACGUUGCUGGAAAGACGGGAACAAAAGAGUUAUCCGAGGGAGGAAGUGCACCACGUUGCCUGCCAGAGGAGAAAAACAUUCAGUGGAGAGCUGCCCGAGCCCACUUAUGUGAGGACCAGAGCGGCAUCUGCCUCAUCUAGGAGUGUAUGCCAGCCUCCAGAAGCAGACACGCACUCUGAUUACAAGGAAUUUACAACCGAACUGGAGGACGAGAUGUGUGACACUAUGACAGCUAAACAUAUGUCCAUCAAACAGAGAGUGGCUUUGCUGAAGAAGAGCGGUGAGGAUGACUGGAGGAACAGGAUCAAUAAGAAGCAGGAUGCAGUGAAGGUUGCCGUGGGUGAUCAGAACGCUCAUCUGUGGGAGGUGGAGCAGAACUUCAAGAAGAAGGGCGAUGAAGAAUUGAUGAUCGAUGAUCUUGCAGUGUCUGACCAACUAUGGAGAAUCACUGAGGCUGCGAUGGAGUCUCAGAGGAUUGAGGCCCAGAGGUCCAUCCAAGAGAGGAAAGAGCAGAUCGAAGCUCAAGAGGAGGCCUGGAAGUCGAAAGGCCACGGAGCUGCAAAUGAUUCCACUCAAUUCACGGUGGCUGCACGCAUGGUGAAGAAAGGGUUGGCUUCCCCUGCUUCCAUGCAAUCUUCAUCACCAUCGUCGUCGUCUUCAUCUAAACCCAAGAACAGUAGCCUUGCCAUCUCCAAACCACAAGAAGAGAUCAAGGCAAUACCGGAUCUGAACCUGGAGUCAGACAGGAAACUGGAAAAGCUCGAGUCAUUCCUCGGCAAGAUCAAUAGUAAAGCAGUGCUGCCUGAGGCUACUGUCACAGUAACAGAGAAGAAGGUGAAAGAAGUCAUGAACUUGGAAGAUGAAACUUUUUCCAAGUUCUACCGCCACAUAGAAGAGCCGCUUACUACCACUAACAGGGUGGCUGUAGUCGACGACUUUGACGCCAUCUUCGGGCCACAAACUCCAAAGCUGCUGUCAGACAUGGUGCAGCACAAGCGAGCGGUGCGCCCGACGCGUAAUGUUCAAGCGUCGAAGAACCCGUUAAAGAUGCUUGCCGCGAGGGAUGACAUCAGACACGAAUACAUUGAGCAACGCCUUAAUGUCGGUUUACUGGAGAGCAGGAGGAUGAAGGCUGAGAAAAUGAACAAGAACUGCGAUUUAUCUGAUGUGGCCCUAGCUGGUCUUGCCAGCAAAGAGAACUUCAGCGAUGUUAACCUGCGCAGUGUAAACAUCUCUGAGCAGAUGUCCAACAACAGUGCCGUGCCGUACAAGAAACUGAUGCUCUUGCAGAUUAAAGGCCGCCGGCACAUCCAGACCAGGCUAGUGGAGCCAAGAGCAUCUUCACUGAACAGCGGUGACUGUUUCCUCCUCAUUACUCCUCAUCACUGCUUCAUCUGGACAGGAGAGUUUGCCAACGUCAUUGAGAAGAGCAAGGCUUCAGAGUUGGGCAACUUCAUUCAAAGCAAAAGAGAUCUGGGUUGCCGUGCCGACUAUGUACAGGUCAUCGAGGAAGGCGUCGAUACCCACAGCCAUGCCGCCAAGGAGUUUUGGAAGAUCCUUGGAGGCCAGUCUAGUUACCAGUCGGCGGGAACACUGGAUGAAGAUGAGCUUUAUGAGGGCGCCAUUGUGGAGACCAAUUGUAUUUACCGUCUGAUCGACGAUAAGCUGGUACCGGAUGAUGAUUUUUGGGCCAAGAUACCCCGUUGUUCCUUACUCAAACCAAAAGAGGUUCUGGUUUUCGACUUUGGCAGUGAGAUGUACAUUUGGCAUGGGAAGGAGGUAACACUGCCUCAGAGGAAGGUAGCCUUCCAGCUGGCCAAACACCUGUGGAACGGAACAUUUGACUACACAAAUUGUGACAUCAACCCGCUCGAUCCCGGAGAGUGCAACCCACUCAUCCCGAAGAAAGGCCAGGGCCGACCUGACUGGGCAUUGUUUGGAAGACUCACUCAUCACAAUGAAACGACUCUGUUCAAAGAGAAGUUCGCAGACUGGUGCGACUCCAGGACAAUACCCAGCCCCAUUCAAACAAGCAACAAUUACAUCAAUGAUCUAAAGGAGCACUCCACAGAUCAGCCCCACGCGUACGACGCCACCCUAAUGAUGCCCCUCCACGAGGCGCCCAUCUGCACUAUAGUGGAUGGUUUGAAUGUGGGGCGGGGCUACGGAUUGGUAGAAGCUGAUGACUGGCGCUGCUACGAGGUCAGCACGCUCGGCGUGGAGGUGUGGCACAUCCUGGAGUUCGACUACAGCCGACUGCCGCGACAAAGUAUCGGGCAGUUCCAUGAGGGCGAUACCUAUGUGGUCAAGUGGAGCUACAUGGUCAGCACCGCAGUUGGGAAACGGCAAAACCCUGAGCAGCUGAAAACGGCAGGACCCGGGAAAGAGAAGUGCUGCUACUUUUUCUGGCAAGGUCGCAACUCCACCAUCAGCGAGAAAGGAACGUCUGCGCUCAUGACUGUUGAGUUGGAUGAGGAGCGAGGAGCGCAGAUUCAAGUCCUGCAGGGAAAAGAACCGCCGUGUUUCCUGCAAUGCUUUAAAGGGAGGAUGAUCGUCCAUGCAGGGAAGAGAGAAGAGGAGGAGGAAACCUUGCAAAAUGACUGGCGUCUGUACUGUGUACGUGGGGAAGUGGAGGUUGAGAGCCAUCUCGUGGAGGUCGAGUGCCAUUGCAGCAGCCUGCGCUCCAGAGUCUCCAUGGUGCUGCUAAGCGUCAGGCAGUCCCUUAUCUACCUCUGGCACGGCUGCAAGUCGCAACCACACACACGGGAGCUGGCGCACGCCACUGCCAGCAAGAUCAAGGAGCAUUGCCCUCUGGAAGCCGGCCUCCACAGUAGCAGCAAGGUGACCAUACGGGAAUGCGAUGAGGGUGCGGAACCUCAAAGAUUUUGGAAAGCCCUCGGAAGGAGAGAUAGGAAAGCAUACGACUGCAUGCUACAAGAUCCAGGCAGGUUCAACUUCACACCACGUCUAUACCAGCUUAGCAGUACUUCGGGGGAUUUUUUAGCCGUGGAGUUUCUCUACCCAGCCAGAGACCCUCAGCAGGUCAAUUCCAUGCCUUUCUUGCAGGAGGACCUUUAUUCUGCCUCCCAGCCAGCAUUGUUCCUGGUGGAUAACCACCACGAAGUGUAUUUGUGGCAGGGUUGGUGGCCUCAGGACAGCGAAAGCACCGGCUCCGCCCGAAUCCGCUGGGAUUCGGACAGGAAGUGUGCAAUGGAGACGGUGCUGCAGUACUGUCAAGAAAAGAAUCCGAAAAAGGCUCCGAAGGCGUAUCUGAUCCACGCCGGCCUAGAGCCGCUCACCUUUACCAACAUGUUCCCCAGCUGGGAGCACCGGGAGGACAUCGCUGAGAUCACUGAGCGGGAGGCCGAGGUGUGUAACCAGAUCAUCCUGGUGGAAGAUGUGUUAGCCAGACUAUGUCAGACCACAUACCCGCUGGAAGAUCUCCUGGCCCGGCCGCUGCCCGAGGGCGUUGACCCCCUCCGCCUGGAAGUCUACCUCUCAGAUGAGGACUUUCAGGGUGUUGGAGCUUGCGGAAAGAAAGGUUUGGACAUGACGAGAGAAGAUUAUGCCAGUUUGCCUGCGUGGAAGCAGGUGAACUUGAAGAAAACCAAAGGGCUUUUCUGAAUGAAGCAUUAUAUUACACGUUCAUGUACACCGGGAAAAAGCCAUCAGCGUUUUGUUUGCGGGUUUAGUGGCUCAGGAACAGCCUUUCCUGAGUCGACCUACCCGCUAAUAGAGAUGACGUCGGCAGAUGAAGAUGAGAGGUGUGCCAGCUUCUCAUGUAUUUGUUUGUAUAAUAAGACAGCAUCUGGUGUUAUGUGAGGGUUAUGUUACAGUGUGCAUGCUUGAACGUACUAUUGAGGACUGACAUUUGUCAGCCUCUUGUUUGACUCUUUUGUGCAAAAUAAUUUAUAUGUAUAUUCAAGUAGGGCAAAAACUAAGCUAACUCCAAUUUUAUGAGAAUAGAAAACUUGUUUUUGUAAUACUCCCUUGCUGUACAGAUUUAACAUUUUGCCACUUAGUCUAAAUAAUGCUUAAUUGUGAUGCCUUGUUCAAUUAAUAACUAGAUUUUUUUUCUUCAAAAACUACACUGUAGUGCCUUUUGUGUACAGUUUAUUUACAAAUCACAUGCUUUUUGAGAGAGAAAAACUUAAGUGGAAUAAACCCUUUAUGUGGAAAUGGAUCUUCUGCUAUUGUUGUAUAUCUGUUUAAUAACAGUGUCUUGUAAUUUUUUUAACUGAGGAAAAUAGACGAUUUGAAAAGCAGUUUCUUUUUCCAAUAACCACUAGAUGGCAGCAU